AUGGACGAGUAUCAAGAGAUGGAGAGAUUCGGUAUGGAAAACGACUACGAAGGUGGUCGAUGGGUGAAUGGCGAGUUCGUAUACGAAAAGAGGAAGGAGAAGCGUAAACAAACCAAAGACGACGCUAUUUAUGGAAGCUUCAUCGAGAGCGAUUCGGAUUCCGAUGGUUCUAGCGGCGGCGGUCGGAGGAAGAGGCGUAAGGAUCGGGAUUCCGGAGUGAAAGCCGAUUUGACCAAGCCCGUCAAUUUUGUUUCUACAGGUACUGUUAUGCCAAAUCAAGAGACUGAUAUAGAUUCUAGAAAACACAAUGGUGAAAAAGGUAGUGAUAAAAUCGAAGACGGUGACAUGAUUGAUGAGGAUAGUGAAGUUAGAGGUGGAUUGGGUAUUGGAAGCUCGGGUUUAGGUUUAGGGUUAGGGUUUAAUUCGUCUGCUUAUAACGAGGAGGACAAUCUCUUACCGGGUGCUUUGGGAAAGAAGAUAUUUGAGGGGGCAAAGAUGAGAGGAAAGGCCAAGAUGGAGAAGAGAGGUCAAGGGGGUGGUGCAAAGGGAAGAAAGAAGGAUGCUUUAGGUGGUGAUAUAGGGAAGUUUGAGCAGGCUACCAAAGGAAUUGGUAUGAAGCUGCUUGAAAAGAUGGGGUACAAAGGAGGUGGGCUUGGGAAGAACCAGCAAGGUAUUGUAGCUCCCAUUGAAGCACAGUUGAGGCCGAAGAAUAUGGGUAUGGGGUACAAUAAUUUCGAGGAGGUAAAGUUGCCUGAUUUCAAUAAGGUAGAGGAGAAAAAGACUGCUGCGGUCAGUGUCCGUGAGAAUGAUCAGAGCCAUGGUGAUAGAGGAGGGAGAAAUCUUUGGAAGAAGAAAAAGGUGACGAAGAAAAUUUAUGUCACUGCAGAGGAGUUGUUGGAGAAGAAGCAGGAAGAGGGUUUUGGUGGUCGGCAGACCAUUAUUGACAUGCGAGGACCACAGGUUCGGAUUGUGACAAAUUUGGAAAAUUUAGAUGCAGAGGAGAAAGCAAGGGGAGCAGAUGUUCCAAUGCCGGAGUUACAACACAACUUGCAGCUGAUUGUUGAUCUGGUCGAACAUGAUAUUCAGAAGAUUGACAGAGACUUGAGGAACGAGAGAGAAUCAGCCUUGAGCUUGCAGCAGGAUAAAGAGAUGCUUAUAAAGGAGGAAGAGAGACAGAAAAGUCACUUAGAUAGCAUGGAAUAUAUCGCAGAUGAAAUAAGUCAAAUUGAGCUGGAGAAUACAUCUGGGAGUUUGACACUUGAUUCACUUGCUAAUCGUUUCGGGGACCUACAAACAAGCUAUCCUGAUGAUUACAAGCUUUGUAACUUGUCCACCAUUGCUUGCUCACUGGCCUUGCCUCUCUUUAUCAGGAUGUUCCAGGGCUGGGACCCUCUUAGGGAUGCAGCGCAUGGUCUCAAGGCUAUGCAUUUUUGGAGAAAGCUUUUGGAAGUCGAGGAUAAUCAGAAUAUAUGGGAAACCUCAACUCCUUAUAGCCAACUAGUCUCGGAGGUAGUGUUACCUGCUGUGCGAAUAGCGGGCAUCAAUACCUGGGAACCUAGAGACCCUGAGCCGAUGCUUAGAUUUUUAGAGACUUGGGAAAAUUUGCUGCCUUCAUCUGUCUUGCAUACGAUUUUGGACACAGUGGUGCUGCCAAAGUUGUCAACUGCUGUAGAAUAUUGGGACCCACGAAGGGAGCUUGUUGCCAUCCACGUUUGGGUGCAUCCUUGGUUGCCAAUACUUGGUCAGAAGUUGGAGUUUCUGUAUCAGAUCAUUCAGACGAAAUUGAGUAAUGUUCUCCAUGCUUGGCACCCUAGUGAUCCAUCCGCCUACACUAUCCUUUCUCCAUGGAAAACUGUUUUCGAUGCUACAAGCUGGGAACUACUUAUGCGUCGUUACAUAGUUCCCAAGCUUCAGCUGGCUUUGCAAGAGUUUCAGGUAAAUCCGGCAAACCAGAAUUUAGACCGGUUUGAUUGGGUUAUGAAGUGGGCAUCUGCAGUACCCAUACAUCUAAUGGCUGACUUGAUGGAGAGGCUCUUCUUCCCUAAAUGGCUGGAUGUAUUGUACCAUUGGUUACUUUCUAAACCGAGGUUCGAAGAGAUCCACGAAUGGUACAACGGUUGGAAAAGUUUAUUCCCGCAAGAACUUUCAGCAAACGAGAGGAUCCGAAUCCAGUUAAAGCGUGGUUUAGAUAUGUUGAUGGAAGCUCUUGAUGGAGUUGAACUGUCUCAGCCAAGGGCAAGGGCUCACGAGCAUAGACAGUUCGAGUCGGCACAGGCUCAAGCACAAGCUCAUGCUCAGGCUAAGGCUAAGGCUCAGAUGGAUAGCAGUGAGGUGAUGAGUUUGAAAGAAGUCUUGGAAGUAUUUGCGCAAGAGAAGGAGUUGCUGUUCAAACCUAAACCGAAUAGAAUGCACAAUGGUCUUCAGAUAUAUGGGUUUGGGAAUGUGAGUGUGAUUAUAGACUCGGUGAAUCAGAAACUGUUGGCUCAGAAAGAUGGAGGCUGGUUCCUUGUAACUCCUGAUGACCUAUUGAGGAUGCACAACAAUGCAACUGCUUCUGGUCGAAAACGAUAG